CUUCGCGUACGCACAUCUCCAACAUGGUCUCUGCCCCGCCCACCUCCGCUACGACCAAGACGGUCACGACGACGACUGUUCCCGAAGGCAUGAAAGUCGACGCCAACAACCUCGUCGUCGGCCAGUGGAAGGCGGGUAUCUUCGACUGCUUCACCGACGUCAUGCCCAACUGCUGCAUGGCUUAUUGGUGCCCGUGCGUCUCGCUCGCACAAAUUGUCCACCGUAUUGGCUUUGGUGCGUACGCCACUGCGCUCGUUCUUUUCGGUCUUGUCUACACGGCCACGUAUGCGUCGUCGGUGGUCGCCGGACAGUACGCAACGUACACAAGCCAAGGCAACGUCUACGACAGCGACAACCGCGGCUGGGCAAUCGCUUCGACCAGCACGGCCCUUGCGUGCGGUAUUUGUGUCAUGAUUGUGCGCAAUAUUGUCCGCACCAAGCUCCAGAUUCCGGGCAACUGCCUCGUCGACUGCCUUUGCGGCUUCUUUUGCAACUGCUGCGCGAUCGCACAAAUGGCGACGCAGGUCCACGCGUACGACAAGGGCACGUGCGCGUUCGGGCCCAAGGACACGCUGCCGGGCUACAUGGUGUAAGCUAUUGCCUUCAGAACGGCCUCAAGUGCGUAGCAAGACUACAAAUGUACUCAAUAGACACUAUUUGCGUC